UCCAUGGGAGGCACCGAACUCCGUCGUCUCGUUUCCGGCGGUCGCGCGCUCUUUUCUCGGGGCGGUAGAGGCCGGGUAGCGUCGCCGUUACUCCGAGGAGAGACCAGUCGGUGGAGGGGUGCAAGAAUGCAGAGCAAUAAAACCUUCAACUUGGAGAAGCAAAACCAUGCUCCAAGGAAGCAUCAUCAGCACCAUCACCAACAGCACCACCAGCAGCAGCAGCAACAGCCGCCGCCAAUACCUGCAAAUGGGCAACAAGCCAGCAGCCAAAAUGAAGGCUUGACUAUUGACCUUAAGAAUUUUAGAAAACCAGGAGAGAAGACCUUUACCCAGCGGAGCCGGCUCUUUGUGGGCAAUCUUCCUCCUGAUAUCACCGAGGAGGAAAUGAGGAAACUGUUUGAGAAAUAUGGGAAAGCUGGUGAAGUCUUCAUUCAUAAGGAUAAGGGCUUUGGCUUUAUUCGCUUGGAAACACGAACUCUAGCCGAGAUUGCCAAAGUGGAGCUGGACAACAUGCCACUCCGUGGCAAGCAGCUUCGUGUGCGCUUUGCUUGUCAUAGUGCAUCUCUCACAGUUCGAAACCUUCCUCAAUAUGUGUCCAAUGAACUGCUGGAGGAGGCCUUUUCUGUGUUUGGCCAGGUAGAGAGGGCUGUGGUCAUUGUGGAUGAUCGAGGAAGGCCCUCUGGAAAAGGCAUUGUUGAAUUCUCAGGGAAACCAGCUGCUCGGAAAGCUCUGGACAGAUGUAGUGAAGGCUCUUUCCUGCUAACCACAUUUCCGAGGCCUGUGACUGUGGAGCCCAUGGACCAGUUAGAUGAUGAAGAGGGGUUACCAGAAAAACUGGUUAUUAAGAACCAGCAAUUUCACAAGGAAAGAGAACAACCACCCAGAUUUGCCCAGCCUGGCUCAUUUGAGUAUGAGUAUGCCAUGCGCUGGAAGGCACUCAUUGAGAUGGAGAAACAGCAGCAAGACCAAGUGGACCGUAAUAUCAAGGAGGCUCGUGAGAAGCUGGAAAUGGAGAUGGAGGCUGCUCGUCAUGAGCACCAGGUCAUGCUCAUGAGGCAGGAUUUGAUGAGGCGCCAAGAAGAACUUCGAAGAAUGGAAGAGCUCCAUAAUCAAGAAGUGCAAAAACGAAAGCAACUGGAGCUCAGGCAGGAGGAGGAGCGUAGGCGCCGCGAGGAAGAGAUGCGGAGACAACAGGAAGAAAUGAUGCGGCGACAGCAGGAAGGAUUCAAGGGAACCUUCCCUGAUGCGGUAUAUCUCCCAUGUGCCCAUAAUAGAGAACAGGAGCUGCGGAUGGGUCAGAUGGCUAUGGGAGGUGCUAUGGGCAUAAACAACAGAGGUGCCAUGCCUCCUGCUCCUGUACCGGCUGGUACCCCAGCUCCUCCAGGGCCUGCCACUAUGAUGCCAGAUGGAACCUUGGGAUUGGGCUUACUCCUGGCUCUGCGUUCAGGGAUCAUUCCUGGCGGGCUCGGUGGACCGUAUGUGGUGCCGGGGGUCGAACCCAGGUCGGCCGUGUGCAAGACCCCACCAACGACUGAGCGCUUUGGCCAGGCUGCUACAAUGGAAGGAAUUGGGGCAAUUGGUGGAACCCCUUCUGCUUUCAACCGUGCAGCUCCUGGAGCUGAAUUUGCUCCAAACAAACGUCGCCGAUACUAAUAAAAUUGCAUUGUCUAGUUUCCUAAAACCCUUAAAGAAAAGGACCCUUUUUGGACUAGCCAGAAUUCUACCCUGGAAAAGUGUUAGGGAUUCCUCCCAAUAGUUAGGUCUUCCCUGCCUGUAGUACUCUAUCUAGGGAGUAUGCUGGAGGCAGAGGGCAAGGGAGGGGAGAUCAUUUCAAAUCAAUGCUGUGUGGUAUAUUGUUUCUGUGUGGUGCAUUCCUGAAGUCUCAUGUGAUUGUUGAGCCUAAGGGAACCAUGACAAAAUGGAUCCAGUUAGAGCCCCAUUACUCAUGAUCAUUCCAUUUGUCCAUCUUGUUCUAUUUGCUUAUUCAUAACCGCAACCCCAAAGACACUGCCACGUAUACCACUAAAACCAAACAUCCCCCAUGACCUUAGCCCCAUUGCUCCAUUCACUCCCAGGUGGGAAUUCCAGCAAAUGUCCAUAGAGGUCACAGACAACAUAUGUACUGGUUCUGUUAUAUCCCAUAUAUUACCCUUUCAUGUCUUAAGGAAGACAUUUUCUCUUAGAGAUUUUCAUUUUAGUAUAUCUUUAAAAAAUCUUGUGUUAACUUGCCUUCAUUAUUUUCUUGGGUAAGGAAAAGCCCAUGGAUCACCAAUUUUGUCUAUGAUGUUGCUCGUCACAGCUUUUCUUGAUAGGCCCAGUACAAUCUCGGAAAUAGGGUUGCUGUAGGCUAAAGGUCAGACAGUAGCUCUUCAGCUUGCCUGUCUUAGGUAGUUAUGCUGUUCAUUUUUUAUUAGUGUGCCAUGUUUGAUUUGUCCCUGAUAAUCUUUGGAGUUUUUCUGAGAUAUGGAGCAGUAAAGCAGCAUCACCUUAUUAAAAUACAUUUUAAGCCUUUUAA